UUUUGGGAUUACCCCGAAAAGUCGGCGGCAUGUGCCACGCCCAUUUUCUUUUGUUUUGGUUUCGGUUCUGAGUGUAUUGUUGAUUUUUUGCGUUUUAUUUUUGCUGGUGAGGUUGGUGGUUGUGGGGUGGUUCCCAAGUGAAAGGAGCGUAAUCAAUGUAAUUGUGGAAAUAUUGCAUGUUUAACAAUGGAAUAAAGUUAAAGUUAAAGUUUUGCCCUAAUGAAUGUGGCAAUUUUGCGCAGAAUGGAAUCCAAGUUGAGGAAGAGUCACAUAAGGUUUUUAGUUAGUAAAAACUGAGUAAAGAAAUAAAAGUCUUAAAAGAAUCAUUAUAUCGCUGAAAAUAUGUUUGAGCUUUUAAUAUAAUACACUUUUAACAACAGGGGGAUGUGGAAAAGGCAAAAAUUAUCAAGGUACAGAUAGUUUAAUAUUUUCUCUAGACUUUUCUAUGCUUCCUUAGGCCUACUCCUUGGUAACUAUUUUUAUGGAGUUUACGACAGACAAAACGUAAACAGUCGUAAACUAAUUAUGGACAUUACAUAUCCAUCAGUGUAAUGGGACAACAACUGUCAACCGUUGCGAAGGAGAUUCCAUGGAUAUCCAUCAAGCGUCAUGCAAGCAACACCAGAAGCUAAACCAUCCGCCUGCCACACGUGGCAAGUUGCCGUUGUCGUCGUCAUUGUUUUAUUUUAUGACUGACGCGUCGGUAUUUAGAUUCGAUUUCAAUAUCGCAACAAAUACACAGGUGCAAAUCCAGUUGCAGAUAAAGGGGGAAAAAUAUAAAAUCAGAAGCGCGAAUUCUUGAGCGUCACUUUAACAAAUGUUUGACUGGUCGAUAUAAAGAUUCGAUUUUAAUAUUGCCAUCGAUACACAGGUACUAAUACAAGCACAGAUACAUUGGGGAAACAUACAAAAUCAAAUCCAUGAGUUAUAUGAUAAAACGCGAAUUCUUGAGCUGCACUUUAUCGGUAUUUAAAAUCGAUUUUAGUAUCACCAUACACAUACCAUACACACCGAUACACAGGUACAAAUAUAAGAGCAGAUUAAGGGUGAAAAUAUUUAAAAUCAAACACAUAAGGUAACGCGAAUUCUUGAAGUGUUUGAAAAUGUGAUGUUUAAUACAGCGGAAUUGAAAUUAUGACAAUGCUUUACAAUCGAAAGUGAUGCCCUUUUGUUGCAUAAGGGAUAUAAUUAAUAAAUUAUAAGAAAUUAUAACAGGUUCAUGAGAUUUGUUCACUGUGCAUUUAGAAGAUACGCUGCAAGUAGAUGGUGGGGGAUAAGCGCAAGGCUCAAUGAGUCAUUGCGUCUGCCAUGACAGCGAAACGACACCGAAAAAGCCGCACGAUUGUGACCUUUGUAUAAAUGGGUCUGGUUGGGUGGUUGUGACUACGGCCUCUCGUUUCGAAAUCCACAACCAACGGAAAGCGGGCGAAAAACUUUCUGACUUCAAGGCAAGCCAAAAGACAAAAGGGGGAGCAAUUACUUUUGGAGGCAAAAACUUUUUCGCCGCCUGACGUUUGACUUUUCCCCAUUUCUCAGCGCUCAGCGCAAGAAAAUGCGCAACAAUACUGACUGUAUUCGGAAUGCACACAUAACAGGCCUAAAAACGGACUGCCGUGACUUAUUCGCGUUUCUGCAGCGGACGCGGCAAGUUCUCCUCGCAAUUGGCGUUCUUCUUUUGCCGCUUGCUUGUUGGCCAUCAUAACGAGCAAAGUUUUCCACGGCGCACUUUAAUUUUCCGGCCAUUAGUGGCAUGUCCACCGACGAGGACUCCCUGGGCAGUCCCCUCAAGCCGGCCACGCCCACGCCAGUCGAACGGGAGCGUGAGCGUGAGCGGGAGCGUCCCAGGGGCGGACGCUCAGGAGCGGCUGAUCUGCUGCGGCAUCAACAAAGUUUCGAGGCACGCUACAGCAGCAUCAUCCAGAAGCAAAUCUGGGAGACGAGCAUCAACAAGGACGUGCUGGAACGGCAGCUGAACGCCUACUUCCCCUUCUCGCGCAGCGCCUCGCUCUCCAAAGAUGGAUCCGGCGGAUUCGAUCAGCUCCUGCCGCCGGCCACGGGCGGAGGUGGUCUGAAGACCCGCUCCCUGGCCACCACACCUACCAGGAGGCCGGGCCCGUGUCUGGAGAAGCUGGAGACUGUGGAUGUGGCCUGUCUGGAGUCCAAAGCCCAGGAAAAGUAGGUCGGAAAUCCAAAGGAUUUAGCUUAAUCAUUCAUUGUGAUGUCCGUAAGGUUGAAAGGCAAUUUUUGACAUUCAUCGACUAAGUUAGGAUAGGUCAGAUAUUUAGUCCCCGGAUUCGUAUUCGAAAAUAUACAAUGAGAAUUUAUCAUAAAUUUAAAACAAUGCUCGUAACAAACAAGAAAACUUGCAAAGCAUUUUUUUCUGUGUUAAAUAUGUAAACCUAUUAUUUUGCAGAAAUGUCUUUAGUUACCCGUCUUAAAUGUUUACAGAGCAUGAAAUAUUGGUUUUAUAUAGUAGCGAUGAGUUUUCUAAAACAUACAUUAAUAUUUAACAUACAUUUUUUGAUUACCAAAAUGGUUAAAAGGUUUGUUUGAUUAAUUUAUUUUAUAGAAAACAUAUCCUAUCAAUCAAUGAAGAAAACAAAGAUAAAAUCCGGGGUCUACUAAAAAAAAGGUUCUCAAUCUAGCUUUUAUAAGUAUUACUAACAUGUAAGUCCAGCAAUUUCCCUAAAAUCUACUAUUUAUUUGGCACCCCAAAGAUUUGGCUACAGCACCGAGACCAUCUAUUUGCAUAGUUCAACCAAUGUCAAUGUAAAAUACUCGUUUUAUUGGCCAAGGAUAUGACCGUAUCCCUGGAUCAAAGCGAACCCUAUUUAAGCUACUAUUAUUCAAUCUUCCUCAAUAAAACAAAGGCUUAUUGCAUAUUCAAUUUGGUAUCGAGUCAAACGGAUAAGGUCGUGGCCCAUAUAAAUCUCCACAGGCUUCGGGAUAAAUCUAAUUUAUGAGGAUAUUAUGCGAGAAAAAUAAAACUGGGGGAAAUGUGAGAAAAUGGGGGUGUGCUGGGUCAGAGAUCAAAUGUAAUAAUCAAAUGUAUUUGCAGCAAUUUUCGCUUCAGCACCUUGAGCGCGAGAAUCGAGAAAGCACUUAAGUGGAAAUGCCGCCAGUCAAACGCUCGCUAAAAGCCCAGCCCAUUCCUCUAUCCUGUCAGCAGUAAUAGUUUUUCCACUUUCCACUUUUCCUUUGACUUUCACUUCCGUGCUGUCUCUCUCUCGCUCUCUCUCAACAAGUUGCUCGAGUGGUUCGGCUUUUUCCUUUGGUUUUUGCCCAACUUGUUGAUUUAAAUUCAUGAACGUUGAGCACAAAGAAAAAUCUCGUUCCUAUUUUUUUUGGCUUUUUUUUCUAUCCGCCAGCCUUGCUGUAUUUGUCAGGCUGGAGGACCUGCGGACCAGAGGAUUCCCACUCAAUGUCCAUGUGUUUGGCCAGACACUUGACAUAAGCACUUGGCCGGGACACAUCCACCCCCAAACGGUCAAUCCCUGGUGGGGUUUUAGUGUCAACUGCAGGAGGGUCUGCCAGUGCGUGUCCAUUUAAUUGACUGUCGACAGUCGACGGCCCAGCACUUGGAGCUGCCCAACCCAGUCUGGUUCAUUGGUCAUCGAUGCUCGCUGUUCGAUGCUUGGUAAUGACUAAGCACAACCACUUCAGCAUUGAUUAGUUGUUGGCUGGUAUUUGAUUUAAUUGCACGGCUUUCCACAUAAAUUAAGGGUGCACGAAGUUCUUAUCGAAUGAUCAGAAGACUACUGUUUAUUCCAAAACAAAAUCACUCACUUAUAAACUAGUUGUUAGCUAAAAAGUUCUCUACUUAAAUUAGGGCUCUAAUAAGCUCAUAAAAAAUUGAAUGUAAUUGUUAUGGAAAGGCCAAAAUUAUUUCUUUAAAAUAAUCUAUAACUAUAGAUGUAAGGAAUUUGUUUUUUUUUUAAAGUCAGAAACUUUAUUUUUUAAAACCUUUUUGGAAGUAAGAUAUUUCUUCAGAAAGAUGACCUUUUUAUUUAUUCAAAAUUUAUUUAAAACGUGUUUUUAAAGAAUUCUUGAUUUUGAAUUUGUUUCACCACUAUUAUUUGGAAAAUGUGUUUAGCAGGGAUAAGUUUUGUUUAAAGAAGUUACUGUUUCCCUCAUUUUAGAUACUAUUAUGGAGUACAGAUAUUGUUCAUAUAAAUCUACCCCAAAAUGAAUGGUGCUUUUUUCUUAAACGGUUAAGGUUUGUAUGAUUGUUAAGAUCUCGCCAUAGAGAACACCCGUUUAUCCUAAAAAAAAUAACCUCAGUACCUUCAGAAUUGAUGAACUGACAAAGACCAUUCGCAUUGACAGGAAAACGUUCAUUAGCUUAAGUGCCGCUCUGUGGUAAUUUUAUGGCACCACUUUCCCCAUCCUCUAGGGAAAUGGACAAUUUCCAGGCGAUUGGCUGGAUUGGCAAGGAUAACCAGCCCCGGGAGAUAAAUGCUCAUGAAAUGCUAAUGGCCACCAAGGAAUAAGAUUUAUGCGGUGGUAUUCCCAUC